CCGGUGUGUGUCAAGUCACGUGACUCGGGUCAAAGGUAACUUCCAGCUAGUUAGCUUUCCAAGGACGCAGCAUGGCAUCGUCUAAGAAGGUUUUUGAGGUGUUUGUGUCUAAAAUACCAUGGACCAUUGCAAGCAAGGACAUGAGGGAGUACUUUGGGCAGUUCGGGCAAGUCAAGAAAUGCCUACUUCCUUUUGACAAGGAGACAGGAUUCCACAGAGGCUUCUGCUGGAUUGGCUACACGUCCGAGGAAGGCCUGCACAAUGCUCUCCAGAAAGACCAACACAUGCUGGAGGGAGCCACGCUUCAAGUUCAAAGAAACAGAAAAGUGUUUGCGGGACAGAAGACAAACAAAGAGGUGGUGGAGGGACAGUGAAGGGUGUGCGUUUUGUACAAUGUUUGUAUAUAUGAGAGGGUGUAUUAAAUACCUUUUAAAUAGAAACAGAACUAGGCCAUUCAACAUUUGUUUGUUUUUUUAGUUUUUGUUCAUAGUACGAUGUCUUCAUAUUUUAUUGUAAUUUGUCAAAAGAAAGAAUCAUGAUUACGGUGUCUGUUUUGCAUGUUGACAAAAUGGUUGAAGGGAGAAGUGCGUUCCUUUUGGCACCCUGUCACUAACUGCAUAUUAAGACAGACGACGAGGAUGAUGAUGAUGAUGAUGAUGGCAGGAUCUCUGUUAUUGUGCUUCGAUCAUGAUUAUUGAUGGCUGCUUUACACAACCUCUGCAUCUGUCUGUAUUAAACUAUGACUAGGUUUAUCACUUUUCUCAGUCGGGCAUCACACUUCACUUAAUAAAAAUGACUGAUUUACAA